CCUAACUUCAGUAGUCAACGGGAGGUGAACGAAAAAAGUAGCAAUUUUCCUCAGUCAGCUCCUCCUGUGGGCAGUCAGCCACAGACAGAGAAGUAAGCGUUUGUGUCGUCCAGCCUCACAGCUCGACAUCACACCGGAGAGUUAACGUCCAUCAUUCUGCAGGAUGGUGUCCAUGAUGCUGCAUCCAAACAAAGAGUCCAGUGAUGGAGUUUCCUUCAGGACCUGCUGUGUUUUGCUUUUCCAUCUUGUCUUUCUUCUAGUGCCGUCUGCUGGAGCGCAGCCAGAGUUGAUUUGUUCACAUCAACCAAUCGUAGCCCUGGCUGGUGAUGAUGUCAUUUUGCCAUGUCACCUUGAACCUGCAGUCAGUGCCAGUUCUGAGACCGUGGUGUGGACCAAACCUGGUUUGGAUCCAAAGUACAUCCAUGUUCACCAAGAUGGAAGACUGAUGUUUGAGCCUCCAAACCCAUCUUAUAAUUUCCGAACAACUCUGUUUUUGGAUGAAAUGAUGAGGGGAAACGUUUUCCUGAAACUCUCCAGUGUGAAAAUCUCUGAUGCCGGAAAAUACUUCUGCUUCCUUCCAUCAAUUAAAAAGGAAGCUUCUGUCCAACUCGCUGUUGGUGCCGUCUCCACGCCCAUCAUAAAGGUUAACUCAGAUAACCACAACAGUGUUGUGUUGCAGUGUGAGUCUGAAGGCUGGUAUCCAGAGCCCGAGGUGUUUUGGCUGGACGGUGAGGGAAACCUCCUCCCUGCUGGACCUACAGAGACGGUCAGAGGUCCUGAUGACCUCUAUACUGUCAGGAGCAGAGUGACAGUGGAGAAGAGACAAAGCUUCACCUGUAGAGUCCAACAGAAGAACAUCAACCAGACCAGACAGACACACAUCUAUUUUCCAGCUGGUUUAUUCAUCAUCCAGUCUUGUUCUGCUGUUUGGUGCGACGUCGCCCUUGCUGUUAUUGUCACACUUGUCUGUGUGUGCAUCAUCUGGAUCAAGUGGAACCGGGAAACUGUGGAGACGUUAACAAAUGUGGUCAAGAAAUAUCACAACAAGAUUAAGACGGAUGUCUUUGAGUCAGCUGGACAAAGGAAAUUGGGUGUAGAUAUAUAAAGGAACACCCAGUGCAACGAUGUGACUCACUGAUGUGUUCAUUGUUUAAUAAUGUGGGGAAGAAGCAGAAGUAAAUAUUUAUAUAAUUUGUUACUUGACGCUCAGCAUGUUCCCCUACCUAAAUGACAAAAUAGGUGAAUUGUCAGUGCAUUGGCACAUAGUCUUUCAUCUUUGACUGUGACACAAUAAUGGCCAUACUUACAUCUGUGAACAGAACACCUCUCUCCCUCGUUCUGAUUUCUUCAUUUAGCUUUUAAGCUAACAGCUGUCUUGAACAACAUAAGGUCCAGGGCCACUGAGCUGCCGCGCAGUCGCGCAUUCACGUCAAGGUCGGUACGUUCAAUAACGACGCAGCGUUACUUGGAUUAGUAACCGGAAUAUUGUGACUGGAAAAGAAAUCUCUUAAACUGUUCUCCUGGACCUUUAAUGUAUAAAGCCGGUUUACUUUUACAUUCUGCUCAUAUAACUAGCUGUUGAAGCAGUAUUUUGUGCAUCAUAUGAUAACAAAACAGUAUUAAAACUUGUCUUACUGACACCUGCUUUUAAUUACUAUUUUCUAUGUAUCCUUAUUAUUGUUCAAAUACAUAUGUUAAGAUCAUCUGUCUAAGUGUUUUAGGGGUCCCUCCUUUAGCGCCAUGGUGUGACCUCCACAUCCUGCAGACCGUCUUUGGAAGUUUGUUAAAUUAAGCUAAGAUCAACUCUUACUUUCUUCACUGCACAUUCCUACGUUGUAAUUAGUCGUUUCUCUUACGUUCAGCUGACGCUUUUAUCCAAAGUGACAACUGCUGUAUAGAGGUCGCACGGCUCUGGGGCAACUAGUCUUGCUCAGGGACACACUGGUGGACGCGUCACAGUGGGAAUCUCAUGUGUCACAUGCACUGCGCCAUCACCAUCCCAUGAUACACGCAUUGUGUGUAAUUUUGUACUGUAUAUCGAUACUGCAUGUGUUAUCUGCUGCUUGUUUGUUUUGAUGCGUAAUUUUAGGAAUCUUUUAUGUGCCUGUGAUCAACAUAUGAUUAACUCUUACUUUCUUUAUUUUCCCAGUUAUACUGAAUGCUCCAUAUUUGGUGAUAACUGUUUGUUUUGAAAAACAGGAUUCUGAAUAAACCAUUGUAAUAAUAUGUAUUUGUACUUGUAGAAUUGAUGUAUCCUGUGUUACUUUAUGUUUUGUGUGUAACAUCUACUAACUAAAGACGUCGGAUAGAUGUGACGCAGUAAAAAGUACAACAUUUCCCUGAGAAGUUCAAAGCAGCUUGAUAGGAAAAACUCAAGAAGGUCUAAAAGGUCCUAAACCUAAUCCAGGUAGUUGGUGGGUGGAGCUGAUACCUGGUCUGAGAUGCAACACACCUGAGCAGGCGGCGCUCAGGUGGCUAUAAAGGAGACCUGCUUGAUGAUCCUGGCCUGCCGACACUUCUACACAAAUAAACCCCACUCACACAUACUUUGCUUAAUUUAAUUAUUAAAACAUUUAGUAUUAUUUGCUAGAUUUGCUAGAGCAGUGGGCACAUCCCUGGACUCGAGGGGGGUCGCUGUUUGUGCAGUUGCCUUUCUUGCUCUGAUGGUUUUAAGUGCAAGUGUAAAAUCAGGAGCUUCAGACUUCAUCCAGCCGGAGGGAACGACCACUGACAGUCCAGUGCGCCGGUUCCGCUGGCAACACAACCCAUAGUAGGGUUAACGGAGGAGGAGCAGGGGUCCUCAGGGUGGAUGAAGCCCGACGCAGACCACAGCUUUGUUUUUCCGGCUUGGUUAAGUAAUUAAAGAACGAGACAAACACCGAUUCAGUCUGUGGAGCUUUUGUGGAGCUUUUGAAAAAGAGACACACGUUUGAACCUUAUUGAUCAUCAUGAUGUUGGUGUGGGAGAGAAACGCUUAAAGGAGGACAUUUAGGGUUUUCUGAGAGCUGCUUUCAUGGAAAGUUUUGUUUUGCCAGCAACAAUUAAAUCAAAGUGAGUGCUUAGCCUGUGGCUUCGCCAGCAGCAGCUUUAACCUCUGAGCAGCAAAAAGAACUUCUGCUGUAUUGCAAAUGGAAAGAAAUAAAAUUGGAGAUAGAAAAGGAACAGCAGAGGCAGUCAAUGGAAAGGAAAAUUGAAGUUACAGCUGUGAUGCUGAGACUGAGUGUUCAGAUCUGCAGCAUCUGUUUCACAUAGUGAGAAAAUGUACCAAAGUGUGAUGAGACAGACUCAGAGGUUCUUUUCUCCCUUUUUGAAUGGGUUGCCAAAAAAGCUUUCAAGGCAACGUUUCAGGUCUUGGAGGAAGUGUGAAAAGCAGUCACAUGUUGCAAGGGACUAAACCAAGCAUUUCAACAGGUUGUGUUCAGCGUGGGAGGUUCUCACACUUCUGUGUGAUCCUUAACACAGAACAUUAAUGGUACCAGAGCAAUUUAAAGAGUGUAAUCUACUAGAUGUUGCUGCUCAUAGCUGAGCAGGAAGUAGGAAAUUUCCCUGAAGCUAUUUGGGAUAAACUGUGUUUCAGAUAAUGCGACUCCUAGAGCUGUUGGUCACACCACUGUUUUUGUUGGUCUCAGUCUGGAAAGAUAAAUCAUGGUCUGCAUUUGGUAGGUUUUGCCAAGUUUGUAAUUAAGGCAUCAUCGGAAAGCAGAGUUGGCUUUGGCGCAUCCCAGUCUUUCGCAUGUUGAUGUUAAACCAGCUGCUCUUAAUGAUCCAGUCAGGAAAGUUCCAGUUGUCUCCAUGGAAGUGAUUGAUUCAGUUAAAUGAAUCUUUGAAGCUGUCAGAUGGGGUUGUAUCAUUCACUGGCAGUGACCUGCUGUAUGAUAAGGUUAAAGAUGCAUACAGCCCCCAGUCUCAGCCUCUCCGCCUGCUUUUAUCUUCAUAUCACAUCACAUUGUCAUAUCACUACCUGUUUUAAUGAAACUACUCAUGCUAUGUUGGAAAGCAGAAGAUGCCUUUUUAUGGGAAUAAUCUGGAAAAUAAAGACCUGGAUACUCGUUUCAGGUGGACGUAUCUCCAGUUACUCAGAGCUACCAGAGCUUCAUGAUGAUAAAAAUAAAUCCAGUCAAAGCUGAUGCAAAACAAACAAUCCAAAGUGCCUGAAACUGAUACAGGCCUACAUAAAAUUUAAAUCCUGUUUUCUUAAACAAAAGAAUUUAUUCUUUGCUCUUUGUUUCUAAUGCAAAUAAUUUUCUACUCUGUAUUACAGUAUUUACUGCUGUUCUGAAUAAAUAGUAAGUGUUUCUGA